AUGAAAUCUUUUUUGAACAAUUAGUAAUCAGAAGUUCAAACCUUAAACACUUCACUGUUUCAAAAGCGACAAUAGUAUUUUUAAGAAUUAUUUUUGAUGAUUUAUUCUUUUUACAAUUCUUAACAUGAACUUUUUUUAGCUUAAACUCAACCCAAUUCAUCUCUAAGAAAGGAACUACUUAAAGAAAAACAAUAAAAUUAUGGAGAUGAAACUUAUUAAGAAUAUAAAAUAAUGGAAUAUUUAAAUUCUAAAUAACUAUAGAUGAAUCAUAAUUGUUAGAAAAACUUAAUUAUUUUUGAGCACUUUUACUCCUUAAAUGAAAUAAAUAAAGAUUUAUAAUUAGAUUGUUAAGAAUUUUCAAUUAAGAAAAAUUUUUCUGGAUUAAAAUACAAUAUAUUCAAUAAUAUUAAAUUGGAUGAUCAUCCCACACGAAACAGUGAACAUCAAAUUCAAGGAAGAACAGAUGGAUUAUAUUUGCUUAAAAGGCUUUUUAUUGAUUAGAAACUGAAUGAUAAUUCAUCAAAUAAAAAUUUUCUUUCAUUCUUAAUUUCAAUAACGAAAGAACAUGAAAAAGAGCAAAUGUAAAUGUAAUCUGAAUCAAAAUUUUAGUAAAAAUAAUAAUUACAACAAAAAUAGUAAUAAUAAUUUCAAUAACAAUAAUAAUAAUAGUAGUUUUAAUAAUAUUAGCUAAAUUAAGAACUAUAAUAUUAAUAUAUAAAAUAAGAACAAUAAUAAUUAUAUCAAUAAUAACAUGUAUAAUAAUAAUAAGAGCAAUAAUAAUAAUAAUAAGAGCUAUCAUAAUAACAAUAAUAAUAAUCACGUUUAAAUUAAAUUAAUAAUCUAAAUGAUGUUUUAUAAUAUGAUGAUGUUAGUUUCGAUUUUCAAAAUCAUAAUAUUUAAUAAAGAGAAGAUUUUAUUCUAGAUUAAUACUAAAGCGAAUAAUAGAAUCAAAGUGUACAAAAUUAAGAAAAAAUGAAAACUGAUGAAUAAAAGUCUAAUUUUUGUUCAUUAAUGUGA